ACUCAAUCUAUACUUCUGUGAUAUCGCACUUAACAGCCAUGGGGAGCUUGUCGAUUCUGUUCGUAAUGCUAGCAGUUUCUUGCUGUUCGGCUCAAAUUACAAAAUUUAUAGUGUCGGAUACGAAGGCCAAUUGGUUCGACGCAGCCAAGUAUUGCUACGAGCACGGAUGGAUGCUGGCCGCGAUUGUUGGCAGUGACGAAGAGCGACGAGUUACGGCCUUGGCCCAGCGCAACAAUCCUACGGGAUGGCUGAAUCCUCGGUUUUGGGUGGCGGAAAACGACCAGGAGGAAGACGCCGAGUUCUGUCCGCAAAUCACGCUGAAGAACUACAUGGAGGGUGCGAACGACUGCAUGGAAGAUCUGUACUUUGUGUGCGAGAGCAUAGAAUAAUGUAAUUGUAAAGUGGGUCGAACAAAUUCAUUAGAUAUUCAACGCUGCCCUAGUCCAGUUUCCAUUCCGCAAUCGAUAGCUGAUUUCAUCUUAUCUAUAGCGUGCUAGUUAGCUUGUAAAUUAAUCUACUCUUGACACCUCUGCGUUGCAGUGCCAUUUCUCA